ACUUGGGCAGCAGGACUUCGCCCAGGGUCUCCAUGGCGCCCGAGCUCUUCCCGUCGUGUGAGCGAGCGCUGAAGCCCGUGCGUCUCGGCCAGGCGGUGAUGGAGCUGUUUCUGGUACCGGCCCGAAAUGGGACCACCACGCAGGGGGACAGUGUGUGUGGGACCACCACUAUGCUGCUGGCGUGUGUGUGUAUGCUGGUUGCCGUGUGGAACCGUACCGAGAAAAGGUGCUCCAUGCCAGGACCCUCGUUCUGUCUGGGGGUGGGCCCUCUGCUCUCCUACUGUCGCUUUCUCUGGACUGGGAUCGGCACGGCCAGCAACUACUACAACCAGAAAUACGGAGACAUCGCGCGGGUCUGGAUCGGCGGAGAGGAGACCAUCAUCCUCAGCAGACCGUCUGCGGUGCAUCACGUCCUGAAGCACUCUCAGUACACCUCUCGCUUCGGCAGCAGAGCGGGCCUGCAGUGCCUCGGCAUGCACGAGCAGGGAAUUAUCUUCAACUCUAACAUCGCUCUGUGGAAGAAGGUCCGCACCUUCUUCGCCAAAGCUCUAACGGGUCCAGGGCUGCAGAGGACGCUGGAGAUUUGCACCUCCUCCACAAACUCACACCUGGACGACCUGUCUCACCUGAGAGAUGCGCAGGGGCAGGUGGACGUCCUGAAUCUUCUCCGCUGCAUCGUGGUGGACAUCUCCAACAGACUGUUCCUGGACGUUCCUCUCAACGAGCAGAAUCUUUUGUCCAAAAUCCAUAAGUAUUUUGAAACCUGGCAGACAGUACUAAUCAAACCGGAUAUCUACUUCCGACUGAAGUGGCUGCACGACAGACACAGAAACGCUGCUCAGGAGCUGCAGGACGCCAUCGAGGAGCUGAUAGAGCAGAAAAGAUCUCAACUGCUUCAGGCUGACAAACUCGACAACCUCAACUUCACUGCAGAGCUCAUAUUCGCACAGAGUCACGGUGAGCUGACGGCGGAGAACGUGAGGCAGUGCGUGUUGGAGAUGGUGAUUGCAGCGCCGGACACUCUGUCCAUCAGCGUGUUCUUCAUGCUGCUGCUGCUGAAGCAGAAUCCGGACGUAGAGCUACGGAUCCUGCAGGAGAUCCACACAGUGACAGGCGACGGAAAGCUGCAGCACUCCCAUCUCUCCCAGCUCUGCGUCCUCGAGAGCUUCAUUAACGAGUCCCUUCGGUUCCACCCCGUUGUGGACUUCAUCAUGCGCCGGGCGCUGGACGAUGACGUCAUCGAGGGCUACCAGGUGUCCAAAGGCACAAACAUCAUCCUGAACGUGGGCCACAUGCACAGGUCAGAAUUCUUCAGCAGCCCCGACCAGUUCAGCCUGGACAACUUUGAGAAAACAGUCCCAAACCGUUUCUUCCAGCCUUUCGGUUCAGGCCCUCGCUCCUGUGUGGGGAAACACAUCGCCAUGGUGAUGAUGAAGUCCGUCCUGGUCACUCUGCUGUCCCGUUACUCUGUGUGUCUGGAGCGAGGCUGCACCGUGGAGAACAUCCCCCAAACCAACAACCUGUCCCAGCAGCCUGUGGAGAACCAGCACGCGUUCAGCGUCCACUUCAUCCCGCGCAGAACGCAGGCAGGACGUUCCUGAAGCACACCUGUAUCCCUCCCUCAGCAGAGCGGGGGUGAAGCCGGAUUCCUUUACGGUGCCUUCGCGUUUCUGUGUCUGUGCGUUUUAACGCGAUGGUUUAAACCCCCCCCACCCCCCCCCCCCCAGACAGCCGAUCUGUCCAGCCACAUUUGGACUGCCGGAGCCUCAGAUCAUGUUUGUUGAGUUUUCAUAGAGGACAGUGGUAGAAACCACAUUAACAACCAACAGUAAAACGAACCAACAAACCAAAACCAACCAACCAACAGUGAAACCAACCAACAGUGAAAGUCAGUAGUCACCCAAAUAUUUUCAGCAAAUACAUCUUCCCAAAACGUCUCUCAACCCACUGAACCUCCUCCAGGUCUCAUGGCUGAGCUAUGAAAAUGAGGAAAACGUGUCCUGGACGCUCCGGGCUGCAGUUUUAGAUGGGAGACACUAAACGGCGCGUUGCCCAUCAUGCAUUGCGUGAGCACUCAGAGCCGAGGCAACGUAUAAAUGAUUUUAUAUUGUAUUCAGACACCGGCUCACAGGUAAUGUACCUCACAGUUAGUUUGUUCACCACUGUUAAGGCUAACUCACUCUUUUGCUUGAUCAGAUAAUAAAAGCCUUAAAUUUGCUUUUAUCUGUAACCAGUGAGCAGCGUACUCGUCCCACCUGCUUCAUUCAGGACAUUUUCUCGCUCUGAAGUUGUAAACAAACAAGAUAUACUGUCCUCCAGGGGGUGUUUUGGUUUGUCCAUCUGAAUCAUAAGGCAAAUUAUUCAGUAACU